GCCCCAGCGCAACCAUCAAAACCCACCACCAAUGUGGGAGGCCUGCUCGAGGGCAUGCACCUGAAGCUUAUCGAGCCUCUGCGCGAGCUCUUCAAGGAUGAAGUUCGUGCGCUGGGAACGAAUCUCGGAAUUCCAGAAGACCUGGUCUGGAGACAUCCGUUCCCCGGCCCUGGCCUGGCCAUUCGCAUUCUGGGAGAAGUUACUCCCGAACAACUGCGGAUCGCUCGUGAGGCCGACGCCAUCUUCAUCGAGGAGAUCAAAGCUGCCGGUCUCUACAGGAAGAUCAGCCAGGCCUUUGCAGCCUUACUCCCAGUCAAGGCGGUGGGUGUCAUGGGCGACAAGCGAACGCACGAGCAGGUCAUUGCUCUGCGCGCGGUCGAGACCACCGAUUUCAUGACCGCCGACUGGUUCCGUUUGAUGGAGAGUUCCUGA